AUUAAAACAAUAGCAACUUGACAGAAUGGUCUGUGUACUUUCUUUCGCAUUAAGUGAAUGCUGUUCAUCACUGUCUUUGGUUCUGCUUACUUCAAGUGGUUGCUCAAAUAGGCUACAUUUAGUAGACUGUGGAUUUGGUAAGAAGACUGGCUGGGGGAGGUGAAUUGGCUAUUCUGGUAACCGUACAGGCAGGCAGCAUAAAGGAAACAAACAAACAGCGUCUGCCAGAGAGGUUGGGUGCGAAAGAGGAAACGGCAGCGUGGCAUUUUAACGCGCAUUUAGAGAUGAAAGUGAAGCAAGUCUGCGACGCAGGUGUCCCGUGUACGACUGAAGAGGAUCUGGUAAAACAUUCAGUGAUCACGCCGGAGGAUGUACUGGGGCUGCAGAAAAUCACUGACAACUACCUCUGCGGUCCGAAGCAGAACGUACACAGCAUCGACUUCACCAGGUUCAAAAUCAGAGACAUGGAGACCGGCACAGUCCUUUUUGAAAUCUCCAAACCCCCAGCCACAGAGAGUUUCGAGGACACAAAAGACUUUGACCCUAACGCUGGACGCUUUGUGCGUUACCAGUUCACCCCUGCAUUCCUUCGACUACGGCAGGUUGGUGCCACGGUGGAGUUCACUGUGGGAGAUGUUCCCAUAAACAACUUUCGAAUGAUCGAGAGACAUUAUUUUCGUGGACAGCUGCUGAAAAGCUUUGACUUUGAGUUUGGCUUCUGCAUCCCCAGCAGUAAAAACACAUGCGAACACAUCUACGAGUUUCCACCUCUUUCUGAAGAAAUAAUGCACGAAAUGAUUCGUCACCCAUAUGAGACACAGUCUGACAGCUUUUACUUUGUGGAUAACAAGCUUGUUAUGCACAAUAAGGCAGAUUAUUCCUACAGCGGUGGACCAUAAAGAACACAGAGUUUUAAUGGACUGACACAGCAAAGUCCCAUCUCAGGGUGUGUGUGUGUGCAUGUGUAAGUGUGCACGCAUGAGACAAGGUGCCAGAAUGGGCCUGUAUUAGGUGUGGAUAUUUUGUGUACAGUUUUUGAGAAUAAUUUUAGAGUAUUAUAUAGACAAACAGUUUCUCUUUAAACUGUGUUUCUCUUCAAGUAUAUAAGCGUGCAGGUACGCAUUUAUUGCAUGUUGAUUUAAAGGAGGAUCAGUCUUUUAUGUAUUUUUUAAAGACCAAAGCCAGUAAUUCUACAGUAUGAACCUCCAUUUACAUACUUCCAUUGGUUGUCAAAUUUUUUGCACUGGUUGAAUCAGUGUAUGUGUUUUGAAAAACAAAAAAAUGUAUACAGAAUAGUGAUAGACCGAUAUAUCGUCCGGCCGAUAUAUCGGGCCGAUAUUUGCGAGUUUUAUGUGUAUCGGCAUCGGCCGAUAUGUGGCUGCCGUGUUUGCCGAUUUUUUUCCGGCAUUAUUUAGAGACAGAGUGCUGUAAGUCGCAAGCGAUU